UUCAAUUGAGUGCUCGUACAUGAUCGAAAUUACAUUAUUACUAUUAUUUAAGUUAUAGUUUGUUUUUCAACAUUAACAUAUAAGUGUUGAAAAAAAUAUUCACCAAAUUGACGGUAGUCUUUUUAAAUAAACAUAUUCAACAAAGUUUUUAUAGGUUUUUACUAGGUUUAUUUAUAUAUUGAACCGUUUCAAAAUUCUUCUCCACAGCGAAUGUUACUUUUGAGCAGUAAACUCUAAAUAAAUGUACAAAUAUUAGUCUAAGAAGAUAUCAUUAUAAAAUAUUUUAUCUCAAAUAUGUCUGUGGAGCAGAAAGGAUUAACUGUCACUGUGCAUUUCGGAGGUGGAGCUGAAAAUUUAUUCGGUAAAAAGAAAGAUCAUAAAGUCUGUUUACCUGAUGCGCAGAAUGAAUGGACAUUAGAAAAAUUAAUUUUUUGGAUUAGAGAUAAUUUAUUAACAGAACGAGAAGAAUUAUUCCUUCAAAAUAAUACAGUACGACCAGGAAUUCUAGUAGUAGUAAAUGAAACAGAUUGGGAAUUAUUGGGCAACGAAAAGUAUAAACUGUGUCCUGACGAUCAGAUCUAUUUUAUUUCAACACUACAUGGUGGUUAAUAAUAAAAUACUAAUUCAUUAUUAAUACCUUAAAUUUAUUGUAAUCUAAAUUUAAACAUUUUUUAUAAUAUUUUUGUAUAAAUAAAAGAACG